AUGGGGUUUUAUUUUCAGCACUUUUACCGAGAAUGGAUGAACCAUCAUCAAGGCGAGGGUGAGAUGAUAAUGGACGGAGUACACUUCAACUCUGACGGCGUGCACGUGUUCCCCACCCCUAUCCCUAUGCCGAUAGAAGGAGCCCACUACGGUGAGGAUACCCACAACUUAUACAGCAGGAGGGGCAGUGAGACCUACAAUAAGUGCAAGUCAACAAGGCGGGGGUCCUCUGAGUACUCAGACCAAUCCUACAACGAGUACCAGAUAGGAGAAGCCAGUCCGGACACCUCUCCAAUGAACUACCGGCCCCGGUCCCUCACGCCGCCUCCUGAUCGGAGAGACUACGUGCCCCAGCCUCAGCCUCUCUCAUACAUCGAACUUAAUAGAUUACCAGUGGUGAAGCUGCAAGGACACGAGUUACACACGAAGUGUGCCUGUGAGAAACCCUGGCAGAAAGACGAAGAGGCACUACAACUACUAUGUGGACACAAGCUACACACAGCGUGCGGCUGUAAACUUAUGGAGACGGGCGUGUGUCCAAUCUGCAAAACGGCCGAAAUCAUGGACGACAAGUUGAGAGAGAUCAGGAUAGAUUUAUCUGGCUUCAACUUUUAGGGCACGGACUGUCGACCCUGCACCGGUCGCGCACACAAUUCUUUUAACCACGCGUUUUGCUUCGACAGUCACAGGAGCUCGAGUUCGAGUUUAGAAGGCUAGCUAUGUUGUGGAAGCUGCGGGAAUCAGACUCAAUUAUUUUUAGAGACAGUGAUUAUAAUAUGAGAAAGCCUGGAAAAUUCCAGUCGGUCAAUUAUAGAUUGCGGAGUAUAUGAAAUGGCGAUGAAAUCUGAGUUGUUAGAUAUGAAAACGGAAUAAUUGAGAAAAUCGGUAUACCUUGAUAGAAACCACAUGCCGACGUCCGACCAGCUUAUGAGAAGUUAGAAACUUAGUAUAUUUAUAGAAUAAUUUAUAAUUAGAAUGUAAAAUGUACGUUUUUCUUCCUGUAAUGUGCAAAACUGUAUAUUGGGUGAAGCUCUCUAAAGUAAAUAAUUAUGUGGUCACGUGACAUGACGUCACACCACGUGGUGUGACGUCAUUUGCAUAACUGUAUAUUGGGUGAAGCUCUCUAAAGUUAAUAAUUAUGUGCCUCGAACAUUCUUUCUUCUGGUCAAAAUUUGGUUGAUUGUGAGGGCUGAAUCUUGAUAAAUGAGUUUAAUUUCUUGGAAUUAAAUGAAGAUAAAAUAGAAUCCUGCCGUUAAUUAAUCACACAUUAAAGGAGAGAUAUUAUUUUUAGAUUAUAGAUUCGUUACAUUUUUAGUAAUUUGGUUCACUUUCAAAAGGUGAUUUUUAUCGAAUCAUCAUAAUAUUAUCUUUAUCAAGAUUUCAAAAUGAUUUAUAGGAUUCAAAACGACAGAAAGAUGUAUAGAUUUAAGAUUAUAUCGUCAUGGUUACUUUGUAAAGUCUUACUAUUGUCCUUUUUAGAAGUAACCAAGCGAAUUAGACCGUGAGCUCGAUAUAAAAAGCAUGGUUCGCUCUUAAAAGGUUAAAUAAAUCAUGAUGUUCUAGAAAAAUGGUGAUAAACCGUUGUUUUUGACUUAACGUUUUUAUCGAUUUAGGGUGCUUGAAUUAAUUAUCAUUUUCUGAAGACUACUUUAGUAACAAAA